ACAAACGAGUCAGCUAAGAAAGUUUUUUGUUAUGAUAAAUUUUUGUAAACAAAAAUUUGAGAAAUUGAGAAUUAUUUAUUCUUAUUCAAUAGAAAGUUUGAUUUAAAGAGUUGACGAUGUCAUCUAAUGGAAGACCAUUAAUGAAAAUUCUCCUGGAAAACUUUCUAAAAUCAUUUAGAAUACGUCAAAUAAAAGGCAACUUUAUUGGAGAAGAUUAUUUUGGAAACAAAUUUUACGAAAUUCCAAAGGAUCCUUCAAAAGGUAAAAGCAAGACAUCAAGAUGGUUUGAACCACCAGAGAAAGAAAAUCACGAGCAAGAGAUAUCAGCUGAAUGGGAGUCAUGGUUAAGAGGGAGAAGAAAGGAACCUCCCACUCAACAAGAGCUGAUGAAGAAUCUUGCAAUUAUGCAACUUAAGAAAAAGAACGCAGACUUAUUAGAUCAGAAAUUUCCUCCAAAACAAGAUCAGGUUGCAUUGAGAAAAGAUGAAACUGGACGACAGAAAGCAAGCUUCCCUUCAUAUGACGAUUACGAAGUGAUGCCAGGAAAACCUAAAGUUCCAAGCAAAUAAUCUUGAGAAUUAGUCUUUACUAUAGAGAAAUAAUCUAAUGUAAAAAGAAAAAAAUAAAUUUUACAAAACUAGAAAAACUAGAAAAAAUAUUUUAAAUUGCUUUUAAUCAUCGUUCGAUAUUUUGAAAUUCUUUUCGAGUUCAUAUCGGG